CCCAAAUCCUGCGUGUCCGGAUCCGGGGGGCCGAACUCACUCCUGGGGUCCCCAAUUCCUGGGAAUUCCGGCUCCUUGGGGAUGGAUGAGGGGACAGGGGCGGCACCUUGGUGGCCGUGAGGGAUCCCCCGGCCAUGGAGGGACCCUCGGUGCUCGGGCCCUGCUCGUGGCACAAGCGCCGCGCGUGGGUCCGGCAGAGCCGCGGGUGGCGCGGGGGCGAGCGGGAGGACGAGGAGGAGGAGGAGGAGGAGGAGGAAGAGCAGCAGGAGGCGCCCGCUGAGCCCUGGGAGCCGCCACCGCAGCUGGGCCGAGGCAGCGUCUGCAGCAAGAUCCGGACGUGGCUGCGGGACUGCGGGGCGGCAGCGCUGGACGAGCCGAGACCCGCCGGGCCCUGCGCCGGUGACAGCAGCGGGACGAGCUGCGAGGACGAUCUGAGCCUGGGGGCUGAAGCUCCGCUGCUCCCGGGGAGCCGCCAGGCCGCGGGCAGCCUGUCGCAGCUGCUGGCCCGGUGCCAGUCGGACGCCGAGGACAUCCUGCGCGCGCUGGGUUUUGGGGGGUCGGAGCCGGGGGGCGCCGCCCGGGUCCCCCCGCGCUUCUUCUCGGCCCCGUCCCGCGCCAGCGGCAUCGACCUGCGGCUGUUCCUGCGGGCCCAGGAGCGGCGCCGCCACACCGAGGACCCGUGGCUGCAGCUGGCCGGUCGCUUCCAGCAGGUCCAGGCUCUGGCCGCCACCGCCGACUCUUUCUUCUGCCUCUACUCCUACGUGUCGCGGGCCCCCCUGCAGCGCAUCGCGCCCGCCCGGCCCUAUCGCGACAUCCCCGACAGUCCCGAGCGGCCCGGGCAGCGCCUGAAGCGCGCGGUGUCCUCGCUGUGCCUCUACACGGGGGGGGGACACGGCGACAUCCCGAGGGGGGGGACCCUGGGGGCGACCCCCAGCACCCCGGGGGCCAGGAGGGAUCGCGACACGGGCGCGGCGCUGCGAUUGUCGCAGAGACCGAACCCUGUGGCGACAGCGUGGGGACACCCGGAGCGCUGCUGUCCCCACGGCCGGGGGGUUCGGGGCUCGCGGGGGGGCACGAGGGGCGAUGUCACCGCCCCCGGACCCCCCCUCGGGGCUCGGUGCCACCAAAGUGUCGCAGCGAGGGCUGGGGGUGACAGCGACGGGACCCCCGGGAGGGUCCCCAAACCCCGGAGAGACCCCCGAGGGGCGGCGGAGAACUUGGAGAUGGAGGAGGUGCUGAGCGAGGAGGAGGAGGAGGAGGAGGAUGGUGGGGAUGAUGAGGAUGAGGAGGAUGAGGAGGAUGAGGAGGAUGAAGCCGCUCACUGCCCCCAUUCCUCCGUCAGGACGCUGAGGAGUUCCCCGCUCCCCGGUCCCUCUCACCGCCGCCGUUUCGCGGAGGAGCCGCUCCCGCCCUGGGCCCCCCCGAGGGUCACCUGAGGCCACCUCAGCCGGACCUGGGA